CGUUAUCGAAAUAUAUAAAAUCAUGUAUAAAAACAAAACUGUUUAAUUCCUUAGUUAAGUUAUAUUCAGUGGUAACUACCGAGAGAUGGCACCUGUGUAAUUGUAGUAAUUUUCUGUGCCUGGAUUAAUCUCUGAAUAAUAGUAAGAUGGUGGCAUGAAAUUGCUUAUAUAAAACUAUGGCCGAACAAACUAGGGCUGCAACACCGGCGGAAUCAACAGUAACCUUAGUGGAAAGUGAAGAUGUUCUGCAUCAGGACGUCCGUACUGUGAGGCUAAGGCUCAGGAAGCCUGAGCCAAAAAAGAAAGUGCAAUGGCAGUCAGGAACAGUUGAUAAUGAACACCUGAAUAAGAAGAAAUCAAAAUGCUGCUGUCAGUAUGAAAAACCUCAUGCAUUUGAUGAGAGUUCAUCAUCUUCAGAAGAGGAAUGUGAGAAUUGUCAUGGCCAUGUUGAAAGGAAGAAAAAGAAGAGUAAAGAACCCCCAGGAUCCACAGAGGCUUCAGCAGAACUCAGAACUUGAGGCUUCAACACCAAAUUAAAUGUUCUUCCUUAUUUGAUGAGAAAACUACUUGGUCAUGCCAUGUAAUAUGCAUAUCGUUAUUGUAAUAUUUUAUGGUUAAAGUUAAUUAGACAGGUCUUAAGUCGAUGUUCAAACAUAAGGCGUUUUAUACAUGUAAAGAAAAUUACAUUUAAUUUGAUUUUGUUUUAAUGUGACUGCAUUGGUGUUAUACCUGAGAUAAUGGUACUACUCAAGUGAUGCACCAAAUAAUAUCUGUGUAAAGUACGAGACAUAUAAUAUGAAUGAAUUGUUGUUAUUCAUAAUUAGAAACUGAGGUUACUGGAAAAGUUUGAAUUACUAUUUCGCCCUCUCUCACCAAACAUACAGAAAGGUUUAUGGCUACUUAUAAGAAAUUGUUUCCUAUUUAAAUGCACAUUUCGUGUCCAUGUAUUCACGUUUACCCUUUUUUCAUCAAGGUAGGGAAGGGGUGAGGGGGCAGAGUUACACGUGUCCUCAGACCUCUGCAUUGGUCGAAGGUGAGUAGUCACUUCAAAUAGCUUUUCCAGUAGGAACAGAAAUGGGUGCAGUUGUGAUGAGGAAAGUUCACAGUUUUCCUGGCAUAGAUGAAAUCCCUAACCAGGCACCUUAGUUUCUGAGCUGUUGUGAUGUAUGUGGCGUGUACAUGAACUGUAUUAUGUGGUGUGUCACUUGAGUUGUCUCCUCACUUUGUAGGUGACAUGGUAGUGAAUAAGUUCACUGGUCUACAUUUGGAUUCUUAAUUUAUAUAUGACACAUGCCCUGAGUCCUUUCUUCUAGCAGGAAGAUCUGUUUUAUUAGCACAGGUUAAUUAUAUUAUAUGAAUCAUUGGGGAUCAUUGCACAUUACAUUGUAGUAAAGCCUCAUUCAGUCCAAGGAAAAUUUAUAAAUACAUUCCAUAACUUUCUCUCCCAGAAACAAGUCCUUUGAUUUUGUAUUGUGAUCGGACAUCCAUUUACCAAGUUUUACUCUGCUAGAUUGUACUGUCAGCUUGAUGACCUUUGUAUGCCUGUCUCCCUCAACAUUAUAGUUGUGAUUGAACUUCUCUGCACAUUUAAUAUCAGUUCUGGUACGUGUUGAAUGUAUUUAUGAUUAGUUAAUUUUGCAGCGUGGUAUGUGAAUAAGUGCAGUCUCUGUUAUACAUAUAUACCAAGUAUUCUGUCGAUAUUUUACAUUGUAAUGACACUGUAUGUAGAAGGAAGAAAUGCACUCGGUAACUGCCAUUAGGCUGGUACGCAAUACAGAACAUUGAUCAUUCUAUUUUUAUCAUCGGAAUACAUUUAAGAAUUUGUUUCUAGAUCCUAAUUUAAUAAUUGCUUAGCCCUUCAAACUCAGAAAUGUAGUCUUAGUGAAGCUGUCAUUCUAACAUCUGUGUUAGAGAAUUUUAUUUGGGCAUUGGCUGUAGUUUGUUUUAUAAAGUACAUGCUGAUAAAAUGUGUAAUUGGUAUUAUAUACUCUAAAAGGACAGAAUAAUGAUCCAUCGGCUACAUUGGCCACCUUGUGUCUAGAAAAAGUUGAUGAGUUAACUUACUACAGCCUGUUGGUAGUUUUUGCCAAUUAUCGCACAGAUUUGCUUUUUAAGGGGUGAAUCAGUACAUGUGGAUGACUAUAUUGACAAAUGUAAAACAGACUAAAAAUGUUCAAAAAAAAAGACCUCGAUAUGUAUGAAUUAAGUAAAUGAGAUGAUCUAGUUGGUCUUGGCUCUUGCUGCUGUGUUGAUUGAAAUUUAGUUUGGAGUGCCAUUUUCCUUUAUGGUAGUUUUGAAGAUUUAAUAAUAAGCUUGAAUUGUGAAGUAAUCAUUGUUUCAGUAGAUCAGUGACAAUUUGCAGAACUGAAGACAUCUGACUAAAAUGAUGAGCUAUUUGUAAGAAGGUGGAUAAGCAUAAUGUAAAGCAGUUGUUGUUAAAUGUGUUGUUCAGUGAGGUUAGAGUUUGAAGCCACAUUUAGUUCACAGGAAUUUGUAAUGUGAUGUGGGUAUUACAAAUCAGUAAUAGUUCUGUUCCUGUA